AUGCCUAAUCGAAGUUUAUUAUCAUUUAAUAAUCAAGACUUAAAUGGAAAUGUAAGAAGAUUAUCAAAAAAAUUUGAAAAUCUUAGUGAAUUAAGAAUAGAAUCUUAUGAACGAUUAUCUUCUCCAAAAUCUCAAUUAUUUACUUCAACUCAUAAAUCAUUAAUAACAGAUGAAAAAUUUGAAAAUCAAAAUAAACAAAAAAAGAAUUAUAUUUUAAAUAAAUGUUCAGAUACAAUAUCACUUUAUAAUACUAAUUUACAUAAAGAUCGAUCAAAUUAUUUAUUAAAUAAAAAUUCAAUAUCAAUCAUUGAUAGUUUCUUAAAUUUAAUAUCAAAUAAAAUGUUUAUAAGAAUUUUUAAACAAAUACUUGUUGGUAGUUCCAUUGGUAUUCUAAAUGGAUCUCUGAUUGGACAAAAAAAUCUUACAAUUAAAUUUAUCGGUUUAUUAACAACAACUAUUUUUAUUAGUGAACAUAUUCUUCAUUUUGUACAAUGGACUUCAUUUAAUAUUGGUAAACUUGAAUAUGAUAAACCAAAAAUGUCUUAUUCAAAUUCAUGUGGAAUAAUAAAAAAUAUCGAUAAUUUCUUUAUUGAUAAUAUGCCAACGAUUGUUUCAUUUCUUUUUUGCUUUUGUACUUCAAUUAUUAAUUAA